UAGAGAUAGAGAUAGAGAGCUCGAGGGUAUUAUUUGGGAUGUUAUAAAAGAAAUUCCAAAUUUGGAUGACAUAACGCGUUUCAAGACAGCUGAAUUGUUAAAUACUAAAGCAAAAAAGGAUUUUUUUCUUGAAGAUGUCACCGGAAGAACGCUCAUCUUGGAUAAACUUUAAGUUAGGGAAUAAUUAAUAUUUUGAUCAUCUAUUAUUAACAUAUUAUUUUAAACAUCGUGAGUUUGUUGAACUAUAUCUUUUGGGUCUCUAUUUUGGUUGAAGUAUUUGGUUUGUUUUUUGGUCGAACUAUUAUGGUUGUAUUUUGGUUGAAAUAUUUGGUUUGUUUUUUGGUCGAACUAUUAUGGUUGAAGUAUUUAGGUUAUAUAUUUUGUGAAAUUGUUGUGGUUAAACUUUAGUUAUAUUUAUUUUAUAUAUGAAUUUGUAUUAACUUUGAUAUUAACUUUGAUAUUGACUUAUAACCAUGACCAUGACAUAAAGAACGAAGAAAUGGAUGGAGAUAUAUAUAAUGAAGAUACAAAUGAUGAAGAUAUAGAUGACGAGGAAACAAAUGAAGAAUUUUAUGAAGCCACAUACACAUAUGUGAUGGCAAUUUAUGCUUUAAUAGAUAUAUUAAAUCAGUUUUUGAAUAUGAUGCGUGGUGAACAUAUUGAACGUCCAUUAACUCGACGACAAAUUACUAGUCGGGGAUAUGACUAUAUACACAAAGCAUUAAACGAUGAUCCUGCAAUCUUUCGACAAGUAUAUAGGAUGUAUCCUGAUGUAUUUCGAAAGUUGUGCACGAUUAUAAGAGAAAAAACACCUUUGGAGGAUACAAGAUUUAUUUGUGUUGAAGAAAUGCUUGCAUCAUUCCUACAGAUUGUCGGUCAGAACACUCGAUAUUGUGUAAUCCGCAAUACAUUUGGCCGAUCACAAUUUGCUACAAGUGAAAAUUUUCACAAGAUUUUGAAAGCUCUGAACUCAUUAGCACCUGAUUUAAUGGUUAGACCAGGCUCAACUGUGCCUGCAAAAAUAAGGGAAAGCACAAGGUUUUAUCCUUAUUUUAAGGAUUGCAUUGGAGCUAUUGAUGGUACACAUAUUCCCGCAUCAGUAAAAGGACGAGAUGUAAGCAGUUAUCGUGAUCGUCAUGGAAAUAUAUCACAAAAUGUAUUAGCUGCUUGUAACUUUGAUUUGGAAUUCAUGUACGUUCUUAGCGGGUGGGAGGGUUCAGCACAUGAUUCCAAGGUGUUAAGUGAUGCUUUGGCAAGGAAGAAUGGACUUAAAGUGCCCCAUGGUAAGUAUUAUCUGGUGGAUUGUGGAUUUCCUAAUCGACGCAAAUUUUUAGCCCCAUAUCGAGGUGUACGAUAUCAUCUACAAGAUUUUGCAGGUCUCGGUAAUGACCCUGAAAAUGAAAAGGAAUUAUUUAAUCUUCGGCAUGCAUCCUUAAGGAAUGUGAUUGAGAGGAUAUUUGGUAUUUUUAAAUCGCGGUUCACAAUUUUUAAGUCAGCACCUCCAUUUCUAUUUAAAACACAAGCAGAGCUUGUGUUGGCAUGUGCAACACUUCAUAAUUUUCUUCGCAAAGAAUGUCGUUCUGAUGAAUUUCCAGUGGAACCUACUGACGAGUCUUCAUCUUCAUCUUCAGUGUUACCAAAUUACGAAGACAAUGAUCAUGAACCCAUUGUUCAAACACAAGAGCAGGAACGAGAAGAUGCUAAUAUAUGGAGGACUAAUAUAGGUUCAGAUAUGUGGAGAAAUGCUAAUAAUUAGGCGAACAUGAAGUGAGAAUCACUUUGUUAUUAUUUUUUUAGGCAAUAAUGACUUUGUUAUUAAAAGGUUUAAAAUUUCUAUCGUUUUUAUUUUCUUUAUUCAAACAUUAUAAUUUAU